CGAAACCAAAGCCCGUUGCGUAAAAGUCCACUUCCUCGCCACCAAAGCAGAGCUGUGCGGAAAUAAAACUAUUAUUAUUGCGUUUUAUUAAUUAUCUCGUAACCAAAGGAGUGUUCCGUCAGAGAAUUGUGCGUGAAAAUGCAAACCGGGGAGCCGUGCAAAAAAAAAAAAAUCACCCGCCUCACCAAACCAUUUUGCCACUGGGGAUGUGCGUAAAAUUGCACUUCCUUGCCACGCGAACGGUGGAAUUCAAUCAGAGCUGCUCGUAAAAGUCCACCUCCUUGGUUCUGUUGCUUCGUUUUUGCUCAAACUCUCAUUACGCACGCAGCUAUGACGUCAUGUCGAACGCGUCUUUGCUUUUUCCUGCAGCCCAUAUUUGGUUGACUGGUUAUUUCUGCUCACUGGAAAGUAGCUGGACGUGCACACUCGAUGCGAUCUUUACACACACACCCCCGCCCCCAAAUUCAUUUCUAUGUGAUAUUGUUAUAAAACCUUGGUUAUGUAACCAACAAAGGAGUUUUUGAUUGACUGCAGCUUUUUCUUCAACAACUGCGGCAUUUAAGUUCAUGGCGGUCAGCGAGCAAGGCACAACAGUUGUUAUUUUAUUUUUAUUCUCUUAAUAACAUUUCUCUCUGUUCCGACGCCAGCGUGUGUGGGGGCGGUCGAAGCUCCCACACACACCAACUGUGCACACACACACGCCAGCAAAGAAAUCAAGAAAAUAGGAAACACUAGCCUUUAAUCGCGAUCGGGGUCACUUUUGUGGUUCUUAGGUGGACCCGUACAACAAAAGGCCUCCACCUGACUUCUUCCCUGCAGGACGGUACAAAAGUACAAAAUGAGGAAUUUUACAUCCAAGUUGGGGUCAUCUAAAGGAGCCCCGGUUUCCAAAACAUGCAGCUGCCAAAAGGAAGAAAGAAAGGAAGGAAGGAAGGAAGCUGUGUGAGUUUGUGGUGUUUUCACACUUGCAGCAAGAUGCCAAAUGAAGCAGAAAAGCGCAAAAAAAAUGUCCUCCGGUCACCUCCGCGCACACUCAAGUAAGCAAUGCACAUCGUCUCCGGUUGUGGACUAAAGUGAAAGUACAGGGUGUUCUGUCUUUUUGGAGGAAGGCGGCAACAGCGGAACGACAGAACUUAACUCGUUUAGAAUUGUGACCUUUGGCAAAGUAUAACCUACAUUUGCAAAACACACACACACACACACACACACACACACACACACACACACACACACACACACACACACACACAUUCAAGAGGCUUUCCGUAACAUGCUCAGCAAAUGGAAAAUCCUCCUUUUUUUCCAUCCAUUGUAAAUCCUCCUUCCCCCCCACACAUGAUGGCAUUUUUAUAAACCUUUCGAGCUUAUUUUUACUUUCUAACAUCGCCAAUUGGUGACAUCGAAUGAGACGCAAAUACAUAUCAUCGGGAUUUAUUUUCUCAUUGUUCUUUUAAAAAUUCUACGUUGUGAAAUUGGUGAGUAAUCAUGUUUCAUAAUCAAAUAAAAACACCUUAAUUAAUUCAAUAGUGAAUUUAGUUCAAACACUACCCCCCCCUCCCCUCCAUCCCCUCCUUCAUUAAUGACGGCUGUACGCCCCUGAUCCAACAGUGUUUUUUUUUUUAAUAAGGUAUCAACUCGGGGGCUGCAAUCAAAGCACGCAUACAUUUGACUGCUGACUGGCGCAUCCUGGCGUCCAUGAGACGAUACGCGCGGAUGCCGUGGCGCCCGUGGGAGGGGUCUGCCACCCCGCUCCCCACUAAUUGACAAGGCGGCGGAGGCAGAGGAGAUUGUGCAAAUGACGCGUGACUCCUCUCAUUUCCCUCCUCGCUUCCGUGCGCCGCGCUUAAGAUGAGCGCCACUUUGCAAACUUUGGAUCCACGCCUCCUCCUUCUUUUUCUUCUCCUUCCUCCAUGGGAGUGACCGCGAGCCCGGGGACGCAGUCGCGCGCCGGAGCACCGGGUCCCUCCGCAGGAGAGAACCCGCGCCCAGCCGAGGAUGAGUCUCCUUUGACGGGCGAAGACCCAGCGGAGGACUGCUUGAGUGGAUUCAGUGCGGAAGAAGCGGAAGAUGCGGAGGAGGAACUUUACUCGGAGCUGUCCUCAGAGGGCUCCGUGGACUACGGCUUCAUCGCAGCUGUCUGCUGCCUGGUGACGGGCAUCUCCCUGGUAGCCAUCUCGUUCGCGGUGCCUCGGGACGCGCGGGUCCCCAUGGAGGCGGACGGCGUGGCGGCGCGCGAGAUGGAGCGGCUGCAGCAGCAGCGAGCGCGCUUGGGCGCGCACCUGGACCGCUGCGUCAUCGCCGGCCUGUGCCUGCUCACGCUGGGCGGCGUGCUGCUCUCCAGCCUGCUCAUGGCGUCCAUGUGGAAGGGGGAGAUGAUGCGCAGGAGGGCGCUGGCGCACGCAGCCAAGCACAAUCUGUAUGGGGCCGUUGGGCGCGGGCACUCGGACCCCGGCACGAAUUUGCCCGCCACUGCUGAUGACUCGUUUGAAUUUUGAAUCGGGAAAACCUUUUUUUUUUUUUUUUUUUUUUUUUAAAGUGAAAAUUUUGUCAUAAUUGGCUUGUACUGUAGUUAGACUGCACCGUCCUAAGCAUUCUUUCUAAUAUGUUGACACUUUGGAGCCUCUGUGCUUACAUCAUUCUAAAACUCCGAUUGCACACCCACCCAAAAAAAAAAAAAUUAAAGCCUCUAACCGCAAAAAUAAACGUAUUGUUAAACGAAUAAUAUUUGAAACGUGUACUGUGCCUAAUGAUUUGACCGAAGAGCAGACCAAUUUCAAGUGGAGACAAUCCCCUUUCCCAAAGUGUCUGAACGUUGCCCUUUCCAUCAUUGAAGUCCCCGUGGAGACUUUAAUGACUCACAAAUCGACAAAAGAACGAGCAAACGAAUGAAUGCGAGAUUGUGACUCACAGUUGGAAUUCAUUAACCUCGGAAAUGUACGAUAUUAAUGUUUUUUUUUUGUGUGUGUGUGUGUUUAUGACUGCUUUCAAUGUUGCAGUCUCUCAUGGACAUUUGAGUCUGCCUCAAUAAAAACGUUGAAACGUUU